CACACACCCUCACUUUCCCUCACCACCCAACGGCAACGCGCUACAAGGUCCCCACGGCGGCUUAGGACAGGCGGGGUCUCCAGGAGCGAUCCAAACCCAGAUGAUCUCUCCUCAUUGGCAGCAGCAGUUGAUGAAGUGCGAGAUGAGCCGCGCGUCACGAUCCCCUCACCACCGAGCAAGAGCGAGCGCGAUGGCGGCCCGUACUGUCCACAAGGCGGCUAUCCCGAUUCAGAACCCCAACGCGAUAAAGCCAGUGGAGACGAACGGCGUCGGUCACGACGGAGAAGCUUCCCCUUCGGCCAAAUCGCAAGCUCCGUCUGACGCGUCGCCCACCCGUGCGAGUGCGGUGGCCGAUCAUCCCUCCUCCACUGUCCCUCCCGUUGCCGAAGUUCCUCGUCCGUACACCAUCAAGCCCGCGAACACAUGGCAGUCGCUGGACAUGGGUGGCGUGGGUAUCAAGAACAUCCCGAAGACGUCUGGGCUGUUCGGUUUCACCUUCCUCACCAACCUCUACCUCAAUCACAAUGCGCUCCAGAGCGUUCCUCCAGAGAUCUCGAAGCUCAUCCACCUGGAGCUGCUGGACCUAUCAGGGAACGCUUUACAGUCCAUUCCCUCGGAGCUCGGGAUGUUGGUGUCGUUGAAAGAGCUGUACCUCUUCGACAACCAGUUGAACAAUCUACCGCCACAACUGGGCACCCUCCACCAAUUGAAGACCCUUGGAAUCGAGGGGAACCCGCUGGAGCCGUCGUUGAAGAUGAUCGUUCAGAAGGAUGGCACACCUGCUCUCAUAUCGUACCUGCGCGACUCGUGUCCAAUUCCUUCCCCUCCACCUGACCGCCAAUGGAAGCAUUUCGUCCACCAGGCAGAACGGGAUUCAAUCGCGUCUGACCCUGCCGCCGAGACGUUCACUGUUCUGUGCUACAACAUCCUCUGCGAGCGGUGUGCCACGGAGAGGCUUUACGGGUACACACCGUCAUGGGCUUUGCAGUGGGACUACCGGAAGGAGCUCAUCCUCACGGAGAUCGUCAACCAUAAUGCGGACUUCGCCUGCUUACAGGAGGUCGACAAUGCGCAGUACGAGGAGUACUUCACGAAGACUCUAGCGGACCACGACUACGAGGGCGUCUACUGGCCAAAGUCCCGUUACAAGAUGAUGAGCGAGAGCGAGCGGCGUUUGGUCGAUGGGUGUGCCAUUUUCUACAAGGCGUCCAAGUACACCCUCGUAGAGAAGCACCUCAUCGAAUACAGCUCCCUCGCUAUGCAGCGACCGGACUUCAAGAAGACUGAUGAUAUGUUCAACCGCGUGCUGGGCAAGGAUCACAUCGCCGUCGUCGCUCUUCUGGAGAACAAGGAGACGGGGUCACGGCUCAUCGUCGCGAACACUCAUCUCCACUGGGACCCGGCCUUCCGCGAUGUCAAGCUUGUUCAGGCAGCGCUCCUUGUCGAGGAGGUGGAGAGGAUUACCCACAACUUCGCGAGAUAUCCUCCGCGUCUUCCCCCGGCGUCGGCUUCAGCCGUUGGCAGCCCCACCACACCUACCCCGGGAGAGAACAACGCGUCGUCUCGCCCUCCCCCAGUGUACACGGAUGGUUCCAAGAUACCCGUCAUCAUCUGUGGCGACUUCAACUCCGUGCCUGAGAGUGGUGUAUACGAGUUCCUCUCAAAUGGCACGGUCCCACCUGACCACGAGGACUUCAUGUCCCAUUUGUACGGGAAGUAUACAUCGGAGGGCAUACGCCACCGCCUCGGCCUCAAGAGCGCAUACGCCUCCGUUGGGGAGCUGCCCCUGACGAACUUCACACCUGGCUACAAGGGGCACAUCGACUACAUCUGGCACUCUGCGGCGAACCUCUCCGUCAACUCGGUGCUGGGCGAAGUUGACCCAAACUACUUGGACAAGGUGGUCGGUUUCCCAAACGCACAUUUCCCCUCCGACCAUCUGUGCAUCGCGUCCGAGUUCCGCGUCCGCCCACCACGGGAGGCGCCGCCCAUCCGCGCGCCCCCCGUAUUCCCCGAGUCUUCACGAGCGCAUACAUAGGGUCCCAUGGCUGUCCAUCCAUCCGGUGUAUCGCUACCACUCUUUUCCCCUGUCCAUAUUUCCCCAUAUAUUUCAUUCUUGUAAAUAUUCCUGCGCUCAUGCGACAGCGCGGCGGCAGCAGCGACCUCCCCCCUUCUUUCCGGUGCCACACACCCGUUGAUUUCUCCCCUUCUCCCCUUGUGUCCCGGCGGCCCGCUCGUACUCUUUCGCUCGUGUUUUGUGUUAUUUUAUAUUCCGUCUCGUCGUCUCUCCUCUUCCCCGUCCGUCACCCCCUUCCCGUCCCGCCGCCUCCCCCCAGCACACCC